AGGACAUGAUACUGGUAUCACUUUCUGAUGAAAAUUAGUGUUGUCUGUACAUAGAACUCUUUCCCUUUAAAACAAUAUUACUCUUUUAAGCUGGUAUCAUAACACUGGUAUAAGCAUGGAGGUAGGGAAACAAGAUAAGGCAAGGUUGAUCAAGGACCAGUUACAUAUGCAGUACAUGUAGCUGGUGGUUGGUUCGUGAUGUACAUGUACAGUGUACCUGGCGCAUGUGCAGUAAAGUUGAAGUGUGAAUGACCCCAGUGAACCACUGUCAAGUGGUCAGCAGGUAGGCUGAAGGGGAGAAAAGGUGGGGCAAAAUAGCCAAAAUAAAAGUGAAAAUGGUUGAUUACUACAUGCAGUGACAGAAUGAUUUUCAAGCAUUUUCUUAUAACUGGUCCUCUCUGCACUGUGCUAAUAAAACCGGUUUAUGGCUUAACGAUGUUACUGGUUUGAGGUUAACCUCAGUAUGCUGGUUGUGAAUAGUCAACUAGACUAGUUCAACCAUUGUCGACUAACAUGUGUUUGAUCAGAGUCAGUCAAACUCUGGUUAACUGUGGUCCUUGAUGGAACUUGCCCAUGGAUACAUGUAUGUGCCCUUUGUAUUGUUUCACAAUUCAGAUAUUUUGAUGUAUAUAAGUAAGGGGAGAUGGGGGAAAAAUGGUAUCCUUAUAAAAACUUUAAAAGCCAUUAGUAUUAAAUUAAACACUCAAAAUGAAGCGUGCAUUGCCAUAACUGUAUUUGCCUUAUGGAUCAGUACCACAGAUAUUUAGGAACACUUGCCAUGGUAAUAAGCAAAUUUAUUUACAUCGGUGGUUUGUUUUACGCUAAGUGUGGUAAGAAUUACAUGUAAGGACCCUCUUGAUGAUAGAAGUGUUGUAAUGUACAUACGUGUACCAUUAAUAUUUUAUUGAAAGAAAAACUUUUAAACUGUUGGCAUACAUGUACCUCAAAUUUGUUUUGCCAGAAUAUUGUUAUGUAAUAUCUUAACUUGAAUAAUUAAUGAUUAUAAAGCUACAAGAAGUAUUGCAACCAAACUUUUCUGAAACAAAAGUUUUUCUUCAAAACUUGUACAAAAUCCAACUUUUACAUUUUUGUGGAAAGGAAUUUUGCCUGUUAAUUGUUUUUGUAUUAUUUUAUUGGCUUCUCCACAGAGGUCAAUUACUGUAAGGAUACACGCUCUCAUAAUUUUUCAACAUGCUGAAAUAAAAACCCCAAUCAAGAUGGAAUGGGGGCCAAAAUGCCAGCUGGAGGGCACAUCACAAGAAUAAUAGAUACUUUUGAUGCUUAUGUCUUUGCUGAUGAGGUCCCCUCUGGCUCUUCCCAGUGCCGCACCUGUCUCACAUAACAAAAAAUGGUAUUCAGGACAAACUGUGUGUGUCUCCUUCAGUGCUCUAUAAAAACAUGUUGAUAACAGAUAAGCUACCUGUACAUCAUGUAAUCUACACAACAUCAUUUUCUCCGGAUAGUUUCAAAAUUAUUUUACUAGUAAAUCCUAUUUAAGAUAAAGCAGUUACAUGUAAAAAACUGUAGCUGCAAUAUUAUUGAAGCUCCCAAUGAGGCUAGGCACUGAUAUUGUCUGUUUGAUAUACAUUGUAAGUAACAUGAUAAUGUCAACGUUGAUAGUAGUGUGUCAUUUCUGAGAUUAUAUAAUGGGUUACAGUUUCACCCAAGGCUGCAUUACCCUAUUUUCCUCUACUUCUUCACAUCAUUUUGUUUCCUGAGGUAAUAAAGCCUGCAUGUUGCAUUUUGCUGUGAAUAGCUGAAGAAGUAUUUCAAAAUGUACAGCUUGUGACUGCUAGAAUGCUCUACACCAUUAUUGGUUGACUAUUCAGACUGCUCAAAAUGGCAUCUACAGUUGUGGGUGUGACAAGAAAUGCUCUUUCAAUUCCAAAAGCAAGGAAAUCUUUUAAGCGAUCUACUCCAAAGAAACUGAUUGGAAUUGAAGGAGAAACUGGGGGAACAGAGGCUGAAUCAGGUGGAAUAAGUAACGAAGAAGAGGUGAUGCCAGUUGACUGCAAAGAGGAGAAUAAUAAUAAGAUUGGAGAUGGAAGACUUCAGGAGGUGGGAACAAAUAAAGAUGGUUGUCAGCCUGUUGAUGAAGGUGGCAUAGAUAUCACAGAUGUCUUAGAUAGCAUUGAGGAGAACGACUAUGAGGGCUUCUCAGAUGACGAAGUGAGGAAGUUCUACCAGAAGAUGCCUCUGCAGGUUCAACCCCACCGCAUUCGCAAGAACCCCAAGACCAUGCAGUUUGAGUGCCCAUACUGUUCUUUCUCGUCUCUGUACUACAGUGCUGUGUCCAACCACACACUGAUCCAUACAGGGGAGAAACCUUACCUUUGCCACCUGUGUAACUAUCGGGCCCGCCAGCGGGGACACAUCCUAAUCCACAUGCGCAUCCACAGUGGCAAGAAGCCCUUCAAGUGCCCACAGUGCAGCUACUCCACCAUCCAGCGCAACCACCUGCGCGUGCACUUGCAGGUGCAUAGCCAGGACCGGCCCUUCCAGUGCCCUGGCUGCCCCUAUCGUUCCAAGCACCUCUCGGUGCUUCAGAUGCACCUGCGCAAGUACGGGCACAACCGCAGCUUCCAGUGCAGCCAAUGUGACUAUGCGACGGCCCGUAAGCACAACCUGGCCCAGCACAUGUCCGUGCACACGGGCUCCAAGCCCUACAAGUGUGGCCUGUGCCCCUACGAGUCUAGCCAGAAGGGCCACCUCAAUGUGCACAUACGCAGCCACACCGGGGAGAAGCCAUUUAAAUGCCAUGAGUGUCCGUUUGCCUGUACAGUGCCAAAGUCCCUUAGAGAGCACAUGGGAAUGCACCAGGGCCAGCGGCCCCACCAGUGUCCCCACUGUUCCUUUUCCACCAUGCAGCCUUUUGCUCUAAAGAAACAUGUUUCUCUUCACAUCAUCAAGGGUGAGACUUUCCAAUGUGGACAGUGUUCCUAUAGUUCCAGUGUGCAAGAAGACUUUCUAGUGCAUUGUGCCAUCCACACAACAUCAGUGACUUACUCCUGCCCUUCCUGCGAUUUCACCACACCCUUCAAGGUUCAGUACGCUAUGCAUCUGAUGAGCCAUACUGAGACAAGUGACAUCCUCACUUAUGAUAUCCUCGGUGAUAAUAAGCAAGACCAGGACUGGCUUACAAAAGACCAGACAGAAACUGGAAAAUCUCCCCCGGGUAAGGCAGCUGUUGCUGAAGGGCAACUAUCCUACUCGAGUGCUGAUUUGAAAAACGGAGCAAAGAAGAAAAAAAGCUUGAUUGGGAAAAGCGACCACAGACUGAAACUUAACAUUGGGUUUUUAACCAGCAGAGCCAGGACCACAUCCACCAAGAGAGAAAUCCAGCAAGACACCGGGAGUGAGUCCCAGUCGAGCUCGGCAUUAUCUGCCACACCAGUGGCUCAAGAGGUUGAUCCCCUGCCUCAGGUUCAGUGUUUCCUUGAUGACCAGUCUCGCAUGAAGAAGUCUAACAAGGCAUUUGUCUGUCUGUACUGCGACACAAAGUUGCCGUCCCAGGACCAGUGGGUAGCCCAUGAAAUGCGACAUUUCAAUUCAUGGCCGGAAAUAGUGUAGACAGUAUUGCUUUUGUUGUGCCCAUGAGAUAUUCUAUUCACCUGAGCUGUACAAAUACAUACGUGUAUACAUGUACAUGUAGUUAAGCUUUUUCUGGGCCCUCAAGUAAACUUAAAGUUAAAGCAGUUUUACCCAUUAGCGCAUGUACUGUACAUGUAUGACCUGAAAUCAAGAAAACUGUACAGUGCAUGUAGGAAGGUACAUGUACCUGUCCCUACCUGUAUGCACAGAGAUUAAUGGAUUAAAGCUGUCCGGCUGUGUUGACCCAGUAUGUUGAAUGAAUAGAAAUGUACAUGUACACUACAUGUUUGGACACACAUGGCCUGAUUAGGUGCAGUUACAUAUACAUUGUAUGCAAGAAAAGUACCAAAUUUGCAGAAGGACUUAGAUUUGAACUUUGUUCAGUGUCUCUUUGCAAAUGUACGUGUGAAUAAGAAUUUUCAGAUUUCUUUUCUAAAAAUCAGAAGCCUGGGCUCUCCGACCACUCUGUUCCGUCUUUUUGCUUAAAGACUUGAUUUCAGUACACUUUGCAGACUUAAUAAAAGAUACUAGUCAUGCAUCUACAUUUCUGCCUUUCAGACAGGAAAGUACAGGUCGAGUCCAUGUACCGUAAUUGUACAUGUACAUGUAGCUACUGGCAGCAGAAGGAGGUAGGCAAUGGGCCACCCCACUUUUUUGACAGGGGGUAUGAAACCCCCCCCCCCUCCCACUUUUCACAGAUCCUAAACUGCGGUUGGGCUUAAUGGAUCGGCCUAUGAAUAGGUGAUGCCUGAUGGUCUCAAAACUAUCCCCCCCAAUUUGAAACUGGUUCUGCUGCCACAACACAUAGCACAUGCACCGUGUCAAAGAGUUGGCAUUUUCCUGGUGUGAUGUUUGAGUAGUAGGGGAGAAAUUGAACGGAAACGGGCAUCAAAAAUUGGACCUGCAUAGGAGAGCUAGGAAACCAUUGUCACCUUGGGACUUGUUUUGAGCUGUUGGGUGUGAAUGUGUGUGAUGAGAUGGGCACAUGUGUGUGAAGUAAAACUUAAUAUUUUAGUAUUGUUAUUCUUGAGAGCGCAAGUAAAAUAUUUAUGGAAACUUGUACAAUGCGAAAAUCUGUGACAAAUUCCAGGGAUGCCCUCCACAUGUAUACAUUUGUUAUUUAUUACACGUUUUUGUGAAGUUGUUGACGUAAGUUUAAAAAGUUCUGUGCCUUUGCUAUUGUGCCUUUGAAAUGUGCCUUAGAAUGAUUAGUGCCUCACAAUAUUUUCACUGCUUUUGUAGGGCUGCUUUCAGACCAGAUAACUUCUCUUAUUUAUUUAUGGAACAUAACAGACAGGGUUUCAAUGUGAAGACACGGUAUUUAUUUUGAGUGGGGUAUCCCUGAAAUUUAUUUUACAAAUAACUUUAUGGCAUUUCAGUAUUAACAGUGCACUUUACUUAUUUUGAAUGGAUUUUCAGUAUUUAAAAUUCAAGAAAUUGGAUGUUGAACUUAUUAAAUGUUAAUUUACGUGUAGUUGUGCAGUAAUUCCAAAAGAAAAUUUGGCUGUGGGCUGCAACAUGAUCUCAGAUGUUCACUGUACAGUAUUUCCAAACACAUGUAUUGCAAACAAACUUCAUGUUCUGUUGCUAAACUGUUAACACUACAUGUACACUGUGCUACUGUAGUGUUAUUUGACACAUUUGCAGGUGCCUCAAUAACUGCCCUAAGAAGAUCCCAAUGCUGCAUUAAUUUUUAAUUCACUUAAGAUAACAGAAGGCUCCCCUUCAAAAAAAAGUUUCACUUUUGUGUGCACAUGCAUAUACCGGGUACAUGUAUCACUGUGACAGUCCUUUAUCUUUAUGAAUGUAUCAAUAUUCCCCCCCCCCAAAAAAAAA